AUGACGUCCUCCACGGCGGCUCUGCUGUAUGCAGCCACUAUCGCCAUUCCCUCCACAGCGUCGUCUAAACCUGAUGACGAGAUUACAAAGACCAAAGCAUGGCACGUCAAGAGCGGCGGUUUCGACAAUCCAUGGCCAUCAUGGCAGAUGCACUCUCUGCCAACUCUGCUCUGGGGUCUCAUCCACAGGAGAUUGACUGGCAAGGCGAAUAAACCUAACACGACUCCUCCGACCGUCCCUGUUCACCCCCCGACUUUCCUUCCUUCGCGCAGAGCAAAGUCUCCCGACUCUCUUAGAGCAACAUGGCUCGGGCACGCCUGCUUCUACGUCGAAUUUCCGUCCGGCCUGCGCGUCCUUUUCGACCCAGUCUUUACGGACCGCUGUUCGCCUUUUUCUUGGUUGGGUCCUAAGAGAUACACUGAGAUGCCCUGUCAAAUAAAAGAUAUCCCGCUCAUUGACGCCGUCGUCAUCUCGCACAACCACUACGAUCACCUCUCGCACCCUACAAUCUUGGAGAUAGCAAAACACCAUCCGGAAUGCCACUUCUUCGUCCCUCUAGGAAACAAGAAAUGGUUCUCGGCAAGCGGUAUUGAGAAAUGUACUGAAUUGGACUGGUGGGAAGAAGUAGACUUCACAUUGUUGCCCGUGUCUUCAACAUCCAUAGAGACAAAGAGCGCAAGCGUAUCCUUCACCGAUGAGCCAAGUCCACCCGAAUCCGCGGACACGAUAACAGCUCGCAUCUCCUGCCUGCCGUGUCAACACAUUUCGGCGCGCUCAAUCCACGACCGCGCUGCCACCCUCUGGGCAUCGUGGUCCGUAUCUUCGGGCUCCAAAUCGGUUUAUUUUGGCGGCGACACCGGCUAUCGCUCCGUCCCCAAGUCCUCCGAUGGAAAAGACGACUGGUCACAGGAAUAUUCAGAGUUACCUCACUGCCCGGCAUUCGCAGAUAUUGGUCGUUUAAGAGGACCAUUUGAUUUGGGACUGAUUCCAAUAGGGGCAUAUAUGCCACGGUGGAUCAUGAGUCCCAUGCACGCCAAUCCCCGUGAUGCAGUGGAGAUAUUCAGAGAUAUAAAAUGCAAGAGGGCGUUGGGCAUACACUGGGGCACAUGGGUCCUGACCGAGGAGGAUGUCCUAGAACCACCUAGGCUGUUGAAGGAAGCAUUGAAACACCAUAAAAUGGAAGAGACGGGUUUGUUUGAUGUUUGUGACAUUGGUGAGAGCAGGGAGUUUUGA